AUUUAAGACUGAUGCUUACAUUAAAAUUUCAGUAGUGUAGGAAGCAGAAUUGUUAUUGGUUGUGUGAAUCAAAAAUCAAAUACACCUAUAUUUACUAAACUUUGUUGACAAGAGAAGACAUUUAAGUGGAAGUCCUUUUUUGCGAUGUAAGUCAAAAAUUCAUUAAAUUAAGCAAAUAUUCAAAAGAUGGAAACUGAUACUAGUGAGGAAUCGGAAACUGUAUAUAUGAUGAGGCCAAUUAGACCAUGGUACAGACACAUAUCUGUGGAACCAGUUAUGUUUUUCUACAUGAUGGCAUUCAUGAUAACAAAUGUGAUUGAGCAAACAUUUUACUUGUUCCGGGCAUGCACAGUCAAUCAUGGUUAUAGUCCGGAAAUUUGUUAUAACAUUAGCAGUUAUGACACAAUUAAUAAGGAAGUACAGGUCACAACGUCCCUCUUUCAUCAAUGGAACGGAAUAGCAAUGCACAUGAUACCUGUACUGCUUGCAUUCUUUCUCGGCGCCUACAGUGAUAAGCGAGGCAGGAAAAUCAUCCUUUUAACUGGCUUACUUGGAAAAUUAUACUUCUCUUUAAUGAUCACAUAUAUUACAACUACCUCAUGGCCUGUGGAAUACGUGAUAUACUUUGCUGUGCUCCCAAGCGUCCUUACUGGCACCGAUUUGGCAAUAUUUACUGGAUGCUUCGCAUAUCUUUCCGACAUUUCUUCGGUGGAAAAUCGCACCUUUCGAGUUGCUAUAUUGGACGCGGUGUAUCUAAGUACUAUGCCCACUGGAAUUUUUUUUGGAAAUAUAAUAUUCAAUCACCUUGUGAACAAAUCGUUCACCGCGAUGUUUGCAAUAAACUCCUGUCUUAUGGUACUGGCGACGUUCCAUUGUAUCUUCUUCCUCGAAUGGCAGACCAGAAACGAGCAAAUGUCGGCCAGAGAGGCGGGAGUGACCAAUCCGAUCAAGGAUUUCUUCAAUAUAAAUAAUAUCAAAAAAACAGUCGUAACUUUGACGAAGGAAAGGCCGAAUAAUAGAAGAUUAUUCCUCUGGUUCCUACUUGUGUCUAUGGCGUUUUAUACAUUUCAAAGAGACGAGAAGCCCGUCUUAUACUUAUACGCAUCAAAAGUAUUCAAAUGGGACACAAAUGAUUACAGUAACUUUAAAACCUACCUGAGUACUGCCUAUGUGAUUUUCACCCUCUUUGGAAUUCCACUGAUGUCCAAAAUACUUAUAUGGCGUGACACGAUGAUAGUAAUGCUGGGUGCGGCUGCGCACAUGACCGGUCAUUUGUUAUAUGCACAAGCAACUAUUGGCAGCACCAUGUAUAUGGGGGCAACUGCAGCCGCAUUGGGGCCCUGUAUAGUGUCACUCCUUCGUUCAAUGACCUCAAAGGUUCUUACGCCGGCUGAAAGAGGUGUUGCGUUCGCCUUCCUAUCGGUAAUGGAAAACGCUGUGGGAAUGUUUGCGUCCAUUGUGUAUACGCAAAUCUACAAGGCGACGCUCGGUACGCCGUAUAGUAACUCAAUAUUCUACUUUACUAUGGGCACACAGGCAGUUGUAUUCUUCUUGUCAUUAACCACGGAGAUUUUAUUAAAAGGACACACUUUGGAAAGCCAAGUGGAACCAGAUGAUACCAUUACUGAAACCAUUUAAUUUGUUUAAUUAUCAAUUAAUAUAUAUAAUCUUAGAAGGAUAUUUAUUAGCGCCGCCUCGUGACUCUUGAAGGUAUGGUCUUAUCAUCCUUUGGCUACGCGUAGACUGUCCUGUCCAUCAUGAGAUUCUACGCGUGGUCCCAUAGCGGAACUUCCGGAACUAACCGACUCCUUGAAAAUAUCCAAAUGCGCAAGGGCAACCGGCGCACUUAAAAAACCUAUAACCCACUUCCAGGUCGUUUAAACAGGAGGUCGCUGGGCAAAGUCUGAGCACAUUUCCAGAUUUGGCGAAAGAUUGGCCCGCCUCUCUUCGGGGAAUCGUCAUAGUCACCACUACAAGACAAUUUCUGACAACCCUCCGUUCCACCCAUGCAAAGGGAAGAUGACUCGCCGGCUUAUAACGCGAAAAAGAAAGCUGACCUCUUGUGCUGUCUCUUCGCGUCUAACUCGACUUUGGAUGACCAAGGGAGGCACCACCGACCAUCGUCGUGUGAUACUUCGAUGCCGGAAAUCAUAUACCAGCAACGUGCUGUCUUAAAACUUUAUCUACCUUGGAUAUUCAUAAGUCGAGUGGGUCUGAUGACAUCCACCAAAUUAUCCUACGUGUUUACUCCUGAGUUGGUUCCGGUCCUAACGCGCCUUUUCCGGUAACUAGUUCGACACUGUCCCGAAGUGCUGGAAGACCGAUUCAAUACAUCCGAUCCUUAAAAAAGACAAUCGCUCUGAUCCGUUCAACUAUCGCCCAAUAAGCUCCUUGUUCUCCAAAAUAAUGGAAACCGUUGUUAACGGCCAUCUCCUGAGGUAUCUAGAGCCACCAUCUGAUUAGUAAUUAUCAGUAUUGCUUGCAUCGUGGUACCUCAUAUGGCAAUUGAGUUCAAGAGGGAGGUUAGUUUGGAUACAGCGAAAGUAUUCGAUUGGGUUUGGCAUAAAGCGCUUCUUUCGAAACUUCCAGCCUAUGGGCUCCCCGACAAAUUAUGCAACUGGAUCUGCAGCUUUCUGGCCGUUGGGAACUUCAACGUCGUUAUUGACAGAGCAUGUUCCGACUUCCCCUGAAUGCUGGGGUUCCACAGGGCUGUGUCCUAUCCCCGACCCUUUUUCUUCUGCAUAUCAAUGACAACCAUAUCAAUGUUGCAACCUAGCAAGAUUCACUGCUAUGCGGACGACAACACUGGGGACUCUCUUACACACUGGCCGUGCAGAUAUUUCUUGGGCAGUAGUCGAUUCAUACUGGAACAAACUUGUAUCUGAAGUCUCAGACUGGGGUCGAUUAAAUCUAGUCCAAUUUAGCCCAACACACAAGUUUGCGCGUUUUCCGCUAAAAAAAGACACCCUUUGUCGCUACUCCUCUCUUCUAUUUAUGGCAGUUUUUGCCGCGCACCACGACUUUGUGGAACCAGCUAACCACUGUAUACGUAGUAUUUCCGAACCAAUUCGACUUAGGGACCUUUAAGAAAAAAGCUCUCUGGUAUGAGAGUGUCCAUGGGCGGCGGUAUCACUCAACAUCAGAUGAGCCUCCUACCUGUUUCCCCUCUGCUAUAUAAACAAUCAUAUGAAUUUAGGAUAACUGUUGAGACGUAACAUAUAUUUACAAUGGUGUAUAGAAUCGCCAUAUAUUUUUGACCAAGUUCGAUAAACCUUAUAUUUUAUAUUGGCUGUGAGAUUUUCGAUAUUUUGAAUAGUUAGAAAACAGUUGUAAGUGCAAUUAAUGUGCGCAUUUAAUGCAUUGUUUUUAUACAAAUAUGAUAUAAGAUGUUAAAAAUAUUAUAAUAGACAGGUUUUUUUUGAUUAAGGCUAAAAUACAAGCUCGGCGACUGAAAUUGAGAAUCGCAUUUAUGUCCCCGACACUUUAAUAGCUUACGUGUACGAUAACCAGGAGCCACAUGGACCAUAAAACACCAGAAACCACGUUGGAUCGAAUUUCCAUUUGAGAAUCUUUGGCCGAACGUACUGAAACAAAAUUUAAGAAAUCUCCAUUUACUUAUUAAUAUCUUUCAAUAGUAGUUAUAAGUCUAUUGUUACUAUUAAUAAGAGAAUAGUGGUUUCCUAUCAAUGUCAAGCACACAAUCUCCCGCCAAUUUUAGUUUUCUAUAGUCUCUGGCGUUUAGUUUUGAAACUCGAAUAAUUAAAUCUUAUUUUUGUUCACAGAAUUUGUAGACUUAAGUAGGUACGUUUAAUUUCAGAUAGAAGACCAAAUCUAAUAUUACUUCAAAUGUCUGUUAACGUUUUGUAGAUAAGGCCGUGAAUUGUGAUCACUUUUGUGAAUUUAGUACGUUCCUAUUUUGAAUAUAUCUUGUAUCAUAUACUACAAUAAAAAAUAUAAAUUC